AUUUGACUUCGGCUCCUUAGUUUUCUGUUCGGUCGGUCGUUCCCUCGAUCUUCGACUUCCUCAGCCAGACUUGAGUUCUGUCGGGCGAACCCUAAGCACCGGAGCUCGGCCCUCGGCGGAGCUCCGCCGAUGGAAGCCGUCGUGGAGGGCCUGUGGUCGCUGGCGGAGGAGGCGGAGCUCCGCCGCGACUACGGCGCCGCCGUCAAGUGCCUGGAGGCCCUCCUCCAGUCGGACGCAUCCCUCCUCCCCCUCGUCGAGAUCCGCACACGGCUUCGCCUCGCUUACCUCCUCCUCAACCGCUCCUACAAUCUCAACCACGCCAAAGCGCACCUCGAGCGCGGACUCCUCCUCCUCUCCUCGGCUCCCUCCGCUUCCCUCCACCUCAAGCUCAGCGCGCACUCCCUCCUCGCUCGAUGCUAUCACCUCGUCGGCGCCAUCCCGGCUCAGAAGCAUAUCAUCCUCCGCGCCCUCAACCUGCUCUCCUCCUCCGCUGAUGGCCGCGGCGCCGCCGGCCUCCCUGCGACUGACACUCUGCUCUGGUCAGCCAACUUCCAUUCCCAGCUCGGUUCUAACCUUGCUAUUGAUGGGGAUUACCCAGGUGCGCUCUCCACUCUGGCCUCUGGUCUUGCUGCGGCGACUGAGCUAGGCAGUUCCGAGCUUCAGCUCUUCUUUGCCGCCUCUUCUCUCCACGUGCAUCUCCUUCACUGGGAAGACUCUCAUUCAGUUGAGGCUAAUGUUCGCCAGUGCCUUGAGCUCUGGGAAUCCAUCCCUUUCGAUCAGAGACAGCACCACAUUGGCCUGUUUUUCUACAACGAGUUGCUCCAAACGUUCUAUUUACUGAGGAUAUGCGACUACAAGGCGGCGGCUCAACACGUUGAAAAACUUGAUGCUGCCAUGAAGAACGAGCACCAGAAGGUUCAAUAUAUUAAAGAAUUGGUCCAAGACCUUAAUUCUGUGAAUGGUAUGCUCUCCCGUUCGAAUUUGCAAAAGAAAGAUAGAUUGGCUCUGUUUGAGAAGCAGGGCCAGAUUCAAGAGCAAUUGAGAGCAGCUACUGGCGAGGAUUCAACUAGGAGGUUGUUGGACAUUGAGGAGAAGUUGCUGUUGGCGCCUCCACCUAUGGAUGGGGAGUGGCUUCCGAGAGCUGCUGUUUUUGCAUUGGUGGAUCUAAUGGUUGUCAUGUUGAAUCGCCCAAAAGGAGUAUUUAAGGAGUGUGGAAGGAGGAUACAAUCUGGAUUGGAGCUAAUUUAUGAGGAACUUGAGAAAUUGGGAAUUGCCGAUGGCUCGAGAGAGGUGGAUUUGCAGCACUCGGCAAUUUGGAUGGCCGGGGUUUAUUUGGUGCUUCUCAUGCAGUUCUUGGAGAAUAAAGUAGCUGUAGAACUUACUCGGUCAGAGUUUGUUGAUGCUCAAGAGGCCUUAAUGCAAAUGAAGAAUUGGUUUAUCCGUUUCCCAACAAUCCUUCAAGGAUGUGAAAGCACUAUUGAGAUGUUAAGAGGGCAUUAUUCUCACUCUGUUGGUUGCUUCCAUGAGGCAGUUUUUCAUUUUGUUGAAGCUACAAAGCUCACUGAAAGCAGAUCUGUGCAAUCUGUGUGCCAAGUUUAUGCAGCUGUCUCCUAUAUUUGUAUAGGGGAUCCCGAAUCAUCUUCUAAGGCCCUCGAUUUGGUAGGGCCAGUAUUCAGAAUCAUGGAUUCAUUUGUUGGUGUACGAGAAAAAACAUGUAUUAUCUUUGUUUACGGCCUUCUGCUGAUGAGGCAACAUAAUCUACAAGAGGCACGAAUCCGACUCGCCAGUGGCUUGAAAAUCGCACACCAACAAUUGGGUAAUAUUCAACUCGUAUCUCAGUACUUGACCAUCUUAGGUACUUUAGCCCUUCAGCUACAUGACACUGUUCAAGCUAGGGAGAUAUUAAAGUCAUCAUUGACACUUGCAAAGACGCUUUAUGACAUUCCAACCCAGAUAUGGGUACUUUCUGUCUUGACAGCAUUGUACCAAGAAAUUGGAGAGAGGGGAAAUGAAAUGGAGAACUCAGAAUAUGAAAGAAAAAAGGAAGAUGACUUGCAAAAGAGGUUAUCUGAAGCUCUUUCCCACCUUCAUCACCAGGACCUGAUUGAAAGGGUAAGAUUCAGUGUUCAGCAACCACAUGAACUCGCCACCAGAAGAGUGAUCUCUGGUCCAUCAGCAAAAGUUGACCUGGACAUUCCUGAAUCAGUUGGUGUGCCCAUGCCUCAACCUGCUGCAAUGUUAUCCUCAAAGUUGCGAGAAAUUGACUCAGUGAGGCGAGGGAAGAUGAAGAUGUAGCAGCAUAAAAUAUGUUGUUAUUUCUCUCUGCUCAUGUUUUAUUCUUCCGCAGCAAAAGGCGCAUGAUGAUUCCCCCAGUUAUAAGCAGAAAAUGCUACAAAAUAGUGGACAAAGCUAAUUUGUAAAUUGUAUGUAAUGUAGUGGUUAAAGAUAGAGCUACUUUAGGGCUUUAACGAAAUCUAACCGAGGCUUUAAAGUAAGAAGGAUUUGUUAUCAGGGUUUUCAAAUGCCCUUGACUACGGAAGAAUCUGCCAGAAGAUUGCUUCAACUAGAUCAGUAAAGAAAUUCUGGUUCAAUCUGAGGGCAUUAGUGUUUCAAACGAGAAAUAUUUGUCAUCAACUUUACAAGUAACUAAUUUGGCAUGUCAUUAACUUUCUCA